CGCAGCUCGGUGGGCGGUUCGGGCGGUUGUAAUGGAGCCCGCGGGCUGGGCGGCCGGCAGUGCGCAGAAGGUGACAGAGGGGGUACGGCCGUCGGCUCGGCGGCACCGGUGGCACGCGACCGCGGCGGUCGGACACGCGUUACAGGUGGCCCAGUGGUGCUGCACAGGUGGUGCUCGUGGUAACGCCGGAGUAUCUGAGCGAGCCAGGCCAGACCUCAACCAGCAAUAGUGUCCCGAGGUCUGUUCGCUCUCGACUGACACUGGUUGAUCUCUAAAUCUCGAGGCCGGCAUCUCGCCGGCAAAAACAGCGGACGUCGCGAGACCGAGGUGCGGCGGCUCUGAGGGCGGCAUCAGCAUGGCUCCGGCCGUGGAGGGGUUCUGGGGCAGCCCGACCUCCACCCUCGACUGGUGCGAGGCCAACUAUGCCGUCAGCGACUACAUCGCCGAGUUCUGGAACACCAUCAGCAACCUGGCCAUGAUCCUGCCGCCCAUCUACGGCAUCUACGAGGUGUUGAGGCAGAAGUUCGAGCUUCGCUUCGCUAUCUGCUUUGUUCUUCUACUAGUGGUGGGACUCGGCUCCUGGGCGUUCCACAUGACCCUGCUGUACGAGAUGCAGCUAUCUGAUGAGCUGCCCAUGGUGUUCUGUAGCUGCUUCCUACUCUACUGCCUGGCCGGCAUCCACGGGAUCCAGCAGAACCAGCACAUCAACUGGCUGUCGGUGGGCUUUUUCGUGUACUCGGCGCUGUUCUCGCUGUCGUACCUGUACUACCCGAACCCGCUGUUUCACCAGGUGAACUAUGGCGUAGCGUCUGUGGCCAUCACUCUGCUCGACAUCAAGUUGCUGCGAACACAGAAGGACCGCACUGUGCGUCACCUGUUCUAUCUGGGUGUGAUGCUGUACGCGCUGGCGUUCGCACUGUGGAACCUCGACAAUCACGGCUGCCAAUCACUAGUGCGUCUCCGCUCGACGCUGCCGCCGGUGCUGCGUCCCUUCACCCAGCUCCACGCGUGGUGGCACAUCUUCGCCGGCUACGCCACUUAUAUCCACAUAUUGUACUGCGUCAAGGCGAGGUACAACAUACUUCAGGAGAAAAGUCACAUCACUCUGGGCGCGAUGGGCUUCACGGUCCGACGACUGCCCACUCACGAGACGAAUGGACACACCAAUGGACAUAUCAAUGGCCGUACCGACAACUGCAACAACCACAAGCACCUGGACUGACGGGCUACCGCAGCACUGCCUCUCGGCAGAGCCGUGAACCUGAGCUUCGCGGCUGACUAGUCGCGCGCGGCGCUGGCGGUCGAGCGAACCCCGUCGCCGGCGUGGUGAAUGCUCGGCUUGAGUUGUUGCCUUCUCUGCCACUGGGUGUUCACGUGGCCUGUCGAUAUCUAGGCGGGUCUCCGUCCCAGGGGUGUCAUGUGCGAGCUGCACACUCUACUGCCAUCCCGUCAUGAGACACCUCACCCUUCGCCUUCCCACACACACCCCAAGUGCCUCGGCGUUUUGUUUUAUUACUUGAUGCCCUGGUGCGUUUUAUUGGGUGGCCCCAUGUUAUGCGCACAGAGGGCAGCUGAUGUAUAUUUUUGUUGACGUCUAUAAUGUUUGAUCCGACGUUGAAAAAAGUUGCUUUGUGGAGAAGCAUAUACAUUUAGACAUUGUU